UCUAUUGAGCUGUUGUACUUCUAUUGGGUUUAUUCGUGUUGGAAUCAUGUGUAGACUUCUUGUAUCGGGGACUCUUCAUAUGUAUAGAGUGGCUUGUAUGCCUGAGGUUUCCUUGUUCACAACGCCAUCAGAAGAACUCCUUCCUCUGAGUCUGUACUGGAGUGGGGAGUUGCAUCUCUUGCAGGGGUUUCGCAAGAUUGAUGCAGAUAGGUGGGAAUUUGCAAAUGAAGCUUUUCAGCGAGGGAAGAGACAUCUUUUGAAGAACAUUCAGAGGCGCAAGUCACCUCAAUCCCCGGUUGUGAGCUCUUUUGGACCUUCUACUGAAGGAGAGAGAUCAGGAACGGAAGGUGACGUUGAGAGGUUGAGGAAGGAGAGGAGCAUGCUGAUGCAGGAGGUGGUAGAAUUGCAGCAGCAGCAUAAAGGAACAGCUCACCAUAUGGAAGAAGUGAACCAGAGGCUUCAAGCAGCAGAACAAAGACAGAAGCAAAUGGUUUCUUUCUUAGCAAAGUUAUUUCAGAAUCCUUCUUUCUUGGCACGGCUUAGACAGAAGAAGGAACAGAGAGAAAUAGGUUCUCCAAGGAUGAAAAGGAAGUUUGUCAAGCAUCAACCAUAUGAACCGGAUAAAUCAGAAUCAUGCAUGGAAGCGCAGAUUGUGAAGCACACACCUGAGUGGGGAAACCUCAUGGAAUCUUCUUUGGCCUCAGAACUAAAUCCAAUUAGUCUUGGUCAAUCUCCUGAUUUUCAGCUCCAAGGUCCUGCAGGAAUGGAUUUAGGUGCAGAAGGCAUACCAUUUCAAGUGAAGACUGAAACACCCACGUCAGAUGAGUUGGCAAUGGUGCAUGGGUUGAUCAGAACCCCGGAGCAGGUGGGAGAGGGCACAUCUGGCUCGGGAAGUGGAAACCCCCAACUCAAAGGAAAGAAUGUUUUGAGCUCAGAACAACAUGUUAAUGCCGAGUAUUUUAUCUCUUUUCCAGAAGAUUUGGUGAAGGAGAAGACCACCCAAGAGUUUUCAUCUCCUGGGAUUGAGGGCAUUGCUAGACACGGGGAUAUUUGGAGCACGGGUUUUGAUGCCUCUGCUGGUACGUCUAGUCCUGGCCCGGAGUUAUGGAGUAAUCUCACCAGCUUUGAGGUGCCAGAAUUGGGGGUGAUGGGUGGAUUUCCGGAUAUCUGGGAUUUGAGUUCCCUACAAGCAGAAGAAGGUUCCGGAUCAGAUAAGCAGCCAGCUGACGAAUCCACCUUUAAUGAGCCUGAGGGUCAGACUGGUGAAGCAGAAGAUGAUAGGUCUAAGAAGAUAGAUCCAUAAGGGCUCAUAUGCUUUAGCAGAUGCUGUCCCUGUGGGUAUUAGUUAUAUUGGUUGAUGAUGGUGUCUAUUUAUUGGACAAUUGAUUGAUUACCAUAAUCAGUAGAAUGGCAGCCAUAUUAUUUU